AUGCAGGUCCGUAUGUUCUAUAAUGGACUUGCUGUAAAGGGAACCCUUCUUGUUGUUAGAAAGCUUCCUGAAAGGACUAUCCAUGUACGACCAUCAAUGAUAAAAGUAAACUCAGAUCCUAGUUUAUCAGGUGGGCACUCCUUCAACUCACUGGAAAUUGUUUCAACGAGCAACCGACCCAAAAGGGCAUUGACAUCAAGGUUUUUAAUCACGCUGCUUCAAUAUGGAGGGGUUCCAGCGGAUUGUUUUAUGGAGCUCCUAGGGAAGGCACUAAAAGAUGUUGAGAAAGCUCGCCAUAAAACUAGAGAUUCCCUUGAAGUUGCAUUUAACCACGGUGACAUGGAUGAUUUAAUGUCUGCACGGAUGAUCCUUUCUGGAAUUCGACCAGAAGAUGAGGCAUACUUACAGCACCAGCUUACUACAAUGACCAAAGAGGAAAGAGAAGGAUUCAAACAAGGCAGGCUCCCUGUCAAUCAGUGUUAUUAUCUGAUGGGCACAACAGAUCCUACAGGGACACUAAAGCCCCAUGAAGUCUGUGUGAUAUUGGACCAUGGCCCCAUUUCUGGAGAGGUUCUUGUCUACAGACAUCCUGGGCUGCAUUUUGGUGAUAUACAUGUCUUGACAGCUACAUAUAGUGAGGCUAUACAGGAUUUCGUGGGAGACUCCAAGUAUGCUAUUCUUUUUCCUGUUUCUGGACCACGAUCUCUAGCUGAUGAGAUGGCAGGUGGUGAUUUUGAUGGUGAUAUGUACUGGGUCUCGAGAAACCCACAGGUUGGUUAUUGUUUCUGA